AUGUCCAACAACGCCGACGCGACGAUGACCAGCUGCCCGCCGCCGUCCAGGGGGCAGCUCAUCACGGUGCUGACCAUCGACGGCGGCGGCAUCCGUGGACUCAUCCCGUCCACCAUCCUCGCCUGCUUGGAGUCCAAGCUCCAAGAGCUGGACGGGCCGGACGCGCGCAUCGCAGACUACUUCGACGUGAUCGCCGGGACUAGCACUGGCGCGCUGGUGGCGACGAUGCUUGCGGCGCCGGACGAGAACAAACGUCCUCUCUUUGCCGCCAAGGACAUCAACAAGUUCUACCUCGACAACGGGCCCAAGAUCUUCCCGCAGAGGAGUUACGGGCUCCUGAAUCCGGUGGCGAAUUUGUUGGGCGCGGUGAUGGGUCCCAAAUACGACGGCAAGUUCCUGCACGAUAAGAUCAAGAACCUCACCAACAACGUGACCAUCGCCGACACCGUCACCAACAUCAUCGUGCCGACGUUCGACAUCAAAGCCCUGCAGCCGAUCCUCUUCAACACGUACGAGGCUAAGAAUGAACCGCUCAAGAACGCCCACCUAUCGGAUAUCUGCAUCAGCACGUCGGCGGCGCCGACCUACUUCCCCGCGCACUUCUUCAAGACCUACGAUCCCUUGGGCAAGGUCCCCGAGCGCGAGUACCACCUCGUCGACGGUGGCGUGGCCGCCAACAACCCCACCAUGGCUGCCAUGUCGAUGAUCACCAAGGAGGUUCUACGCCGGAACCCGGACUUUACCCUCGGCAAGCCCGCCGAUUACCACAACUACCUCAUCAUCUCCAUCGGCACCGGCACGGCCAAGCAGGCGGAGAUAUACACCGCGCCGGACUGCGCCAAGUGGGGCAUCCUCCGCUGGCUCCACGAUGGGAGCUUCACCCCGAUCAUCGACAUGUUCUCCCACGCCAGUGCUGACAUGGUCGACAUCCACGCCGCGGUGCUCUUCAAGGCUCUCCGAGUUGAGAAGAACUAUCUCCGCAUCCAGGACGACUCACUCAGCGGGAACAUCGCCUCGGUGGAUAUCGCCACCAAAGAGAACAUGGAGGCGUUGAUCGACAUUGGUGACAAUUUGCUCAAGAAAAAGGUGGCCAGGUUGAACGUCGACACAGGAAAGUACGAGUUCGUUGACGGCGAGGGAACCAAUGAAGAGGCGCUCACGCGCUUCGCCAAGAAGCUCUCCGAAGAACGCAAACUGCGGAUGCGCCAAUCCACCCUUGGCUACCACUAG